CUGUGCUCUUCACAGAUAAGAUAGCAGUACACAGGCUGGCAAACACACGUACACUAACUCUUCUUACUGAACAGACUGCUAAGCUACAGGAAGACCUGCGUUGUGCUGCUGCCCAGAGGGGAACAAUCAGAAGACAGGAAUUGUGUAGAAACACAAGAGUCAUUUGAAAACUCUGUGAAUAAACAUCAUGUUUAACUACCAGUAUAUCAACUCAGAUCAACUUGCCGGCUUUGACAAGUACAAGUAUAGUGCAGUGGACACAAACCCUUUAUCUGUAUAUGUAAUGCAACAUGUGUGGAACAAAAUUGUACAGAUAGUGCCUCUUUGGAUUGCUCCAAAUAUAUUAACUUUUUCUGGAUUUUUGAUGAUAUUAUUUAAUUAUAUUUUAUUAUCUUUUUAUGAUUGGGAUUAUACAGCGUCAGGUAUUGGCAUCCAGCAUAUUCCAAACUGGAUUUGGAUCUCUGCAGCUUUGGGCAACUUUUUGGCUUAUGCAUUAGAUUCAAUUGAUGGGAAGCAUGCCAGAAGGACUCAGUCCAGCAACCCAUUGGGGGAGCUAUUUGACCAUGGGCUUGACAGCUGGACAGCGUCUAUCUUUCCACUAUCUUUGUUCUCAAUAUUUGGAAGUAAUUCAGGAGAAGCAGGAUUAACACCCAUGAGGAUGUAUUUAGUCACCAGUGUUGUACUCUUCACCUUUAUGCUAUCACACUGGGAAAAAUACAACACAGGGAUGCUCUUUCUUCCAUGGUCAUAUGAUAUCAGCCAGUUGUCGAUGACAGGUGUGUAUAUUCUGACUGCUGCAGUUGGAGUAGAUGCCUUCCAUAAACCAGUGAUUCCACAUUUACACAUGACUGAUCUCUUAAUUACAUUCCUUGUAGGAUGCAGUUUACUUAUCAGCUUUCCUCAGGCUCUAUACAAUAUAGUUAAGGGUUAUCAACAGAAAACUCUGCUAAAGAACUCAGCAUAUGAAGGGCUAUUACCAUUAUUCUCCCCUUCUAUUUUAUUUCUUUUGCUCACAGUGUGGGCUGUAUUUUCUCCUUGUAACAUUCUGGACAGACAACCAAGGCUGUUUUUAUGGAUGGUUGGCGUGCUUUUCUCAAAUGUAACGGUACGUAUUCAGAAGAAACUGAAACAGGACAUUGCUUCAACCCUUUUUCUACCAGGAUACCUUUUCGAUUUUUUAUACACAUGCUUAAAGGAUAACUAA